AGCUCAUCAAGAGCAGUCCUGCCAGUGGUUACACAACUACUGCAAGGAUGCUAUCACAGGCUACAGUGGCAAAGAACCUCUUUAGAACCUUCCGCUGUUGUUAAUAGACAAGGACCUCAAGUAUCAUCCACUUUUUAACAGAAACACUUUUAUUUUGUCCUGAGAUGUUGGACCAACAGAAGGAGACAGGAUCUCAAGAAACUGCCUUCGGUAACGGCCACCUGUUGGCUGGACCCGGAGAUGUGUCGUGCGAUUUCUGCACUGAGGAAAAGUUCAAAGCGGUCAAAUCCUGUCUGGGGUGUCUGGCGUCUUACUGUGUGAGCCACGUCCGCUCCCAUUAUGAAUCUCCUGCCCUGAGGAAACAUGCGUUGGUGGAAGCCACAGUGGACCUGAAGGAGAAGGUCUGCUCCCACCAUGACAAGCUGCUCGAGGUGUACUGUCGGACCGACCACAGAUGCGUGUGUCUGCUCUGUGUGAUGGAGGAGCACAGGGGACAUGACACGGUGCCCGCUGUCGUCGAGAGGACAGAGAGACAGAGACAGCUGGCAAGAACUAGAAGAAAAUUUAAACUGAAGAUCCAGGCCAAAGAGAAAGAGCUACUGGAGCUCAGACGGGUUCUGGAAUCUCUCAAGUUCUCUGCCCAGGCAGCAGUGGAGGAGAGUGAAAGGAUCUUCUCUGAGCUGCUGCAUUCCAUAGAGAGGAGACACCUUGAGGUGAGAGAGUUGAUCAGAGUCCAGGAGGAGACAGCAGCCAGACAAGCCAGGGACCUCCUCGGGAGACUGGAUCUGGAGGUAGCUGAGCUGAGGAGGAGAGACGCUGAACUAGACAAGCUUGUGCACACAGAGGACCACAUCUACUUCCUCCAGAAUUAUCAAUCCAAUUUUACGGCAACUGAACUCACCAAGUCCCCCGGUGUCACAGUGGUUCCCCCGUUGGAUUUUGUUGAGUUGCGGUUCUCCAUGUCAGCCCUCAAGAGGAGACUGGAGGACCUUGUCAAAGGGGAGUGCUGCAAGAUAUCCAGGGCAGCGAGUGCAGUGAAAUUAUUGCAAUGUCCGGAACCAAAGACCAGAGAGGAGUUCUUGUACUAUUCUUGCAAGCUCCCACUGGACCCCAAAACAGCCCACAGAGACCUGAAAAUCUGUAAUGAGCGUAGGGCAGUGACUGUCAGGACCAGAAACCAUUUCUGUCCCGACCACCCAGAGCGCUUUGAAUACUGGUGCCAGGUGUUGAGCAGUGAAGCUUUAUCCGGAUGCUGCUACUUGGAGGCAGAGUGGAGUGGCAGUGGAGCCAAAAUCGCUGUCGCAUAUCAGAGCAUAGCUAGGAAAGGCGAGAGAAACGACUCUCAUUUUGGGCACAACGACAAGUCCUGGAGUUUGUUCUGCUCGAGGAAGGGUUACACAUUCUGGCAUGAUAAUGCAGCGAUUCGUAUAGUCGCACCGAUGUCCUUGAGGAUUGGAGUGUACCUGGAUCACAGGGUAGGGACUCUGGCCUUCUACAGCAUAGCUGAUACAACAAUGACUUUGCUACAUAGAGUCCAGACUGUAUUUUCUCAGCCUCUCUUUCUUGGGUUUGAGUUUGUGUGCUUUGGGGUUUCUCUUCAAGUGUGCCAGGUUGAAUGAUUAGAUAAUCACAAACACC